AUGACUUCUACUGCGAGUCAACAGCACCAACCCCAGGCGUCGAACUCCUCAUCUACCGCAGCUGCGUCAUAUGCCUCUGCUGCUGGUGCGACGAAGAAAUCGACACCCACGCCGCUGAUUGCGGCCGGCACCAACCCACCCCUAGUGGUUGGCUCGUCCGUGCCCGCAACCCAGAAUGGCAAAUCUUCCUCGGCAUCGCCAGUGAAUGGCGGCCGACCCAACAUUGCCCCGGCCAUCCCCGUGUCUGCUGCCCCAGCUGUCGUCCACGGCUCUAAUCUUAACGGAGCCCCAUCUGACCACAGCCGGAAGAGCUCAGUCACCAUCAGCGCAAACGCUCCCCCGAACCACAUCGCAAAUGGUGGCGCUGCCGCAGGUUCUAGAGCCAGCAUUCAGUUCGGAUUCAAGGAUUCGCCAGCCAUUGCUCACAGCACCCCACAGCCGAGUGCCACAGCACCUAUUCCCAUCCCGGGUGGCAAUGCCAGGAUUCCCUCUCCCGCACAUUCUCCCUCGCCCAUUCCCAAACCAUCUGCCAGCGGAGGACGGCCUCCAUCUGGCGCACCUCCCCCAAAUCAAAUGACAUUUGGCAGUUUCCCUGGCGAAGGCGACCAACCCGCUCUACCACAGAACCCCAUGGCGAUGGGACCCCAGCAGACUGGAGCUCAUCUACGACGAGACUCGCAGGCUUCCGCUCAUAGCGAGAUAGGCGGCCACGGUGGACCGGGUCCGAACCGAGGCGGCUAUCAGGGCCAAGGCGGUCGCGGUGGUCGCAACUUCAACGCGUCGUACAAUAACCAGGCGCUCGGUUAUACACCUAAUCAGCGAUUCGCGGGUCACAACGGCGGCCGUGGUGGCAUGCCUUCGUACCAAGGCGGCCGAGGCGGAAUGCCUCAAUUUCCCAACUCGCCGCAACCGCCACGUGCCAGUCCUGCUCCAGCGCACGCGAUCCCACAACACCCGGGGACUCCGAAUAUGUCCCAGGCUGUACCGAUGCAGCCUCCCCAACAGUUCUACCCGCCUCCACACAUGUAUCCCCCUCAAGUAAACCCCCCUCUCUUUUCAAAUGAUCUACCCCCGUACAAGUACAAGAAGAAGGGCACUCGCCGGGACUCGGAGAAAUUCUCCAACAACCCGCGGCAGAUGAUCCCUUCGCAGAAGCAUACAAAUGGAAACGGCCCCGCCGCUAUCGGCUCGCGGCGGCACGGUCGGCGUGGGGAGGCGAUAAGGGAGUGUGAACCUGACAUCGGCGGCUUCCCCGUUCCGCCGGAGUGUCCAGGCGGUCGCGCACCUUACGACUACCCCCCUUUUCAAAAUGCUCCCCUUCACCCGCUCCUCAAGGGACCUAUUGACUUGUCACCAGAGGGUGGCCAAUUUGAGAAGCUGCUGCUAACAACCAAGAAGCAGAUGGGCAACCCUUAUCAACACAUGCCCGUGGACAACUACGGCCGUCCUAUCAUGCCUUAUCAAUACUCCCAACAGCCGGUCCACCAGUAUAUGAACCAGGGCCCUCCAUCCUCGUCUUCCGGCUUCAACCCUCAGUAUGCCGGCGUACCUUACGGUCAGGGCCCUCCAGGGGCUCAGCCAAUGUCGCGCAAUUCCUCGCAGAUAUCCGAGCGACCAGCAUCGAGCACAGGCCAGAACCAGACGCCCGUCAUCGCCCAGGGUACCCCCCAGCCACGCGCCGCCCAGGCGACCCCUCCCGCGGUUGCCGCUCCUGCCGUCUCCCGACCGAUCAUCAUCAAGAACGCGCAAGGCGAGAUCGUGGAUCUGAAGAAGCAGCUCAAAGCCCCGGCAUCUCCCGCCCCCAGCAUUCAGCAAUCAAAGACCCCGCCGGUCAUUGCCUCUACGCCGACUCCGCCCCCCAAGCCGUCCACGCCAGCCGCUCAUACUCGAGUCGAGAGCAUCUCCACGAACAAGACUGCUGAGCAGGUCCGCAACGAGUUCCGAGAGCAGGUCCGGAAGACCGCCGAGGACCCAGUUGACGGGAAGGCCAAGGAGGAAGAAGUCCCAGCUACUCCCGUUGAGAAGGUCUCCGUCGAGGACAAAGCUAAGGAGGAGCGACUGAAGGCAGAAGAGCGUGAGAAGGCCGAGGCGGAAGCCAAGGCCACCGAGCAGGCGAGGGUCAAGGCACAGGAAGAGGCCGAAGCGAAGGUGAAGGCCGAGGCCGCACCCACCGUUGCUCCCGAGAAGAAGGAAGAUAAGAAAGAAGAGAAGUCGGGAGAGUCGGGCGACAUGGACGAGGACGAGCUUGAGCGCAUCAUCCGUGAGAUGGAAGAGGCAGAUGCCAAGCGCGAGCAGCAGGAAGCCGAGCGUAGCGCGAAGAGGAAGGCCGAGCAGGAAGAGGCGAAGAAGCUCGCCGCUCAGGCUCCUGUCCCUACUGCAGAAGAGAACGAUCGAAAGCUCCGCGAACAGGAACGGGAGAUGGAGCGCUUGGAAGAAGAACGCGAUAGACAGCGCAAGGAGAACGAGACCAAGGCUGCUAGCGGCAACGCUGAAUCAGUCGCCGAUCUUCUCGCCAAGAAGAUUGAGGACCUCAAGCUCUCGGACAAGAAGGAUAGCGGUCCUUCCUCCACAAGCCGCGUGUCCGAUAAGCUGGCAAGCCUUACCAUCAGCAGCGACGGGGGUUCCUCAGCCUCGGGACCACGGACCGGUGGUAGCGACAAGCCUCGAGGUAAGCCUGCCGCGCUCAACCUCGUGGUCAGCACCAAGCCAGUUGAGCCGCCCCAGCCCAGCGCUGCUCUGCAAUCUCUCCGGUCUGCUCGCUUCCUCGAGGCGAUUGACCCACGAAUCUAUCCUGACCACAUUUCGUCGCCGAACCCGGCUCUGAAUGCGGCUGUGUCGAGGAAGGGCAAGACAUUCAAGUACGACGCGCAGUUCCUGCUCCAAUUCCAGAAGGUCUUCACGGAGCAGCCCUCUGUAGAAUUCCACCAACAAGUCAAGAGCCUCAUCGGCGACUCGGACGGCUCUAGGUCAGCAUCUGCUCGGGCUGCUGGUCCUGGCUCCGGAAGGCAGGGAUCCAAGGCGGGUACGCCAGGAGGAUUCCCCUCUCAGGGUGUGCCCAUGGGUCAGUUCAUCUCGAACAAGACACUCCCGCCGGGUACAACGUCGGAGCAGCGAUUCGCUAUGUCCCAGGGAGCUAUGCCGAGACCUGCUACCAUGGCCAACCCCAUGGCCUCCUUCGCGCGUCCUGGCGCCUUCCCCGGGUCGCACUCCAUGUCUCGAAGCCCCUCGUCCACGACCAUGGGUGGGAUUCCCAAUUCCCCACGCCAAGGCAGCAGGCGUGGUGGUGGUGGCGGUGGUGGAAGCAAGCGGGGCGACUAUGGCUCGGGGCAACAUGCUAAGAACAUGCCCCUCACCCAAGGAGUCGAGCUCAAGCCCAUCACUGUUUCUGCGACUGGCUGGAAGCCGAGCAGCAUCGGAAACAAGGCUGCCCAGGCGCCUGUUGCUGCUGCUGCUACUGCGCAUCUCGACCCAGAGAUGGUGCAGCGCAAGGUCAAGGCCGCCCUGAACAAGAUGACCCCCGAGAAGUUCGACAAGAUUUCGGACCAGAUCCUCACCAUCGCCGGGCAGUCCAAGAACGAGCAGGACGGGCGCACGCUGCGCCAGGUCAUCCAGCUUACCUUCGAGAAGGCCACGGACGAGGCCCACUGGGCGUCAAUGUACGCCAAGUUCUGCAAGCGCAUGCUCGAGACCAUGAGCCCCGAGAUCCGCGACGAGAAUAUCCUGGACAAGCAAGGUGUGGUGGUCAGUGGCGGUGCCCUGUUCCGCAAGUAUCUGCUCAACAGAUGCCAGGAGGAGUUCGAGCGGGGAUGGAAGAUCGACCUACCCAAGCCGGAAGAGGGUGAAGAUGGGAAGCCUGGCGAAGCCGCCCUGUUGUCAGACGAGUACUACGUCGCAGCCGCAGCGAAGCGACGAGGCCUCGGCCUGGUCCAGUUCAUCGGAGAGCUUUACAAGCUAGGCAUGCUCACGGAGCGCAUCAUGCACGAAUGCGUCCGCAAGCUGCUCGAAUUCCAGGGAAUUCCGGACGAGGCUGAGAUCGAGUCCCUGACGAAGCUGCUCAGGACCAUUGGUGCCAAUCUCGACAGCACCGAGAAGGGCCGGCCGAUGAUGGAUGCUUACUUCCAGCGGAUGCAGAGUAUCAUUGACCUUCCCGACCUGCCCAGCCGCCUGAAGUUCAUGCUCAUGGACAUCGUCGAUCUGCGGAGGGUUCGCUGGGCCUCCAAGGAGGCCAACAAGGGCCCCAAGACUCUCGAAGAAGUCCGAGCCGAGGCCGAGGCAGCAGCUGCGCAGAAGGCAGCCGAGAAUGCGAGGAGCAGCCAGCGAGGUCCCCCAGGUGGCCGAUCCCACACCGGUCGUGGAGACGGGAGAAACUUCUCGGCAUACAACCAGCCCGUGCCAAACCAGGUCGGAAUGGAUGACCUCCGUCGACUCAAGGGCACCGCGAACCGGUCCUCCAGCCAGAACGUGUCCUUCGGUCCCACCUCCAUGUUCAACUCACGAAGCAACAGCGGCCGCAGACUGGCUCCCGGAGGCUCUUUCGGCCGUGCUGGUGAGGACUCUGGUGCUUCUUCUCGCACCGGCACUCCCCCGACACGCGAGAGAGAUUCAGUCGCCCACACAAAUGUAUUCGGGUAA